UGACAAGUAUUGUUUUUAAAGAAGGCUACGCUUUGUACUUCUUAGAAGUCAUUUCUAUCGUAACACUACGAGUUAUUCUUAUCGUAACACUAAAACUUAAAAAAUGCAUAAAACGCAACCGUUUUUGCUUAAACCAAAACCGAAUGAUGUGGAAGAGUAAGAUAAAAGCAUCUAGUAAUAUCAUUUGAUUUUAAUUUUUAAUUCUUUUUUUUUUUUUUUUUGUUAAAUUAGUAAAAUAGAAACGCAAAUUCUUGAAUUUGCGGAAGCAACUAGGGGGAAUUUAAAUAGUGCGUUAAAAAAAAAUGAAAACGAACCCAUGUUAAGAAUGCUAACCCACACAAAUAUGACGCCAAAAAGACGUUUGGUAAAGGAACUUCAGGAAUUUGAAAAUACGGACAUAUUCGUUAUUGUCAACGAUCACGCCUUCCUCUGCCACUCUACUGUUCUAUGCUUUUACUCCAAGGUGAUGCUUAAAAUAAUACCAUCAUGUUGCGGUCAUAUUGUUUUUAAGACUCCAGAACUAAGUCAAAAGGGUUUUAGCGAUUUGUACAAUUGGAUGAUUUCAACUCAAGGCACAUUGGAUAUAUUGGAUUUUGCCGACCUUAUGAGAAGCGCAUUUUUUCUGGAAGUAAACGAGCUAAUAGAGCUUUGCUGGAAAACUCUGGAUACUCAUCUUUUCGAUGAAUUCUCAGCGUUUAGUGUUAUGUACGAGAGUCGAAAAGCCAGUGAGCUAAUGCCAAUAUUUAAAAAGAUGUCUGACCGUAUCGCAAGAUCGACUUUAGCAAUUACAUGUUCUCAAGAAUUUUUGUCCUUAAGUGAGGUUCAGAUAUGCGGCCUUCUACAAUCCAAUACCUUGUCAGUGAACUCCGAAAUGGAGCUUUUAUAUGGCACACUGAAGUGGCUUAUACAUUGCUGGCCACAGCGCUCUUCUAGCAUAACCACGGUUAUGAAAGACAUUCGCUAUGGAUACUUGCCACCAACAAUGUUGACCAACCUAAAGUCAUCGGAUCCAAAUAAUAUUGGUCCAUUUGUUGAUAUAGUUAAGGUAAUUAGUGAGUCUCCCGAUAUAAGAACUCUGAUUCGGGAUGGAUUGUUCUACAGUAGUUUAAUCAUAGCCUGUGCCAAUGACCCAUCUUGCAUUGAAAAUAAUAUUGAAUUUAGUACGUUUAAAUUGCUGGAUCAUCGUAAUUGGAUACGUGAUAAAAACUGUGAAUAUCAUCGUCCCGUGACCCGAAAAUCUCCUAAUAUGCGUUAUGUUACAUUUAAACAAUAUCAAAACUAUCUACAAACUUUGAUCAGUAGUGGUCGUGAAUUUGACAAAUUCUUGGAGUAUCCCGAUGACGAAGAAUAUGCUGAAACAAAUCCUGCUUGGCUGAAGAGGCGAAAAAUCGAUAGAAUGUUGCUUUGCUUAAGGACAUCAUACGCCAAUCAGAGUUGGUAUAUCAAAGAUUCGUUAAACAAGAUAUUCCAACAAGGAAAACGAAAACAGCUUGUGAAAAAAUAGUGUCUCCUUAAAAAUAUGAAAAGGAAAAUUGGCAGCAACCCAAGGAAAAUGGUUUAUCAUAUACAUAUUUGUUUUAAAUAUUUACAUAAGAUUGUUUAAAGUCUGAGAAUUUUCCUUGUUUGAUUAAAACCCAAU